UCAUAUCUCAACUGUGAUCAGUGAUAAAGUGCAGAUUUUUUUGGUAAAAAAAAAAUAGAUUUUUUGUGAUUAAACUUUUCGAAUAUAUUACUUACUGUGUCAUUCUGUUGAAAUAAAUCAAUACAACAAAAGGUAUGGUUAAUAUCAUCGAUACACUUAUGAUUAAUACGGUGACGGAAGGAGCUAUGAAUGUUUUGCGCAAUAUAGGCUUGUUUAAAACUAAAUCCGAAGUUCCUCCUCCAACCAUAAUAAUCAAAAUGCCACUAUGGGAACUAGCGCGAGAAGCCGGCCCCUUUGUGAGGAUAGCUGGCUUAAGUGGCGCUGCUGCCGUUGUUCUGGGGGCUAUGGGAGCUCACCGCACUUUUCCAGAAACGGAAACAAAAGAAGACCUUAAGAAAAUAUUUGAAACUGCAAACAGAUUUCAUUUUCUCCACACACUAGCUCUGAUGACAGUGCCUCUUUGCAGAAGACCAUAUAUUGCUGGUGCAUUCUUUAUAACUGGAAUGGGACUCUUCUGCGGUACCUGUUACUACCAUGCCUUCACUGGUGAACGAGCACUGCGUCGUCUUACUCCAAUUGGUGGCUCUUGCCUCAUUUUGGGGUGGAUUGCAAUGGUACUUUAAAUCGGAUUUGUGUUUUUAAAUGUGUAGCAAAUAUGUUUGUUGUAUAGGUGAAAGGUGUAAAUUAGUCAUUCCAAUAAUUCUGUAAUAUCUUAAUACUUUUUGUCAUAGAUUUAACACACAAAUAUGGUAAUCCAUCAUUUAAGUGUUAGCAAUCUAUUACAUCAGUUUUAGAAGCCCUUUAUUGAAUUUCGAUAAUCUUAAACUUUGUAUGAUGAAUGUUAUUUGUAUGUCUGUUUAUCAGAGUAAACUGAUUUCAAGUGUAGCCAUAACAUGAUAUAAAUUGGUGUUAGAUAUUUGUAUUAUUAAUGACAAUUUGAUAAUAGUUACAAAUAUCAAAUGAUUUUGUGUUGUCAAACAUUUAAGCCUAGCAACCAUUUCUUAAUAAACUAGUAUAAUUUCUUGUAAAUAUUGCAGAAUUAUUUAUUUCAUUAGUUUUAUUAUUUGUGUCAUGGUUUUUUAUUUGAAUAUAAAUAAGAAAUACUUGGAUUAUUGUUAGACAAAAUGUUUAUUAA